AUGCAAUCUAUCUCCUUUGCCAACCAUCCCUUCCUCAGCGAACCUUUUGCGGACGAUUUCCUCGAUCAAACUACCCUGGACGAUGAUUGGUUCCGAGUCCCCUUGCCGGAGGCUGACCCGACUACGCUCUUGGCCGACUCUUUCUCAGACUCACCAUUCGUUCCCUCCCUCAUGCAGGAUCUCUUUGCCUUGCACCAGAGUGAUCUUCUGAGCCCUGAGCCUUCCAUGAUCAUGAAUAGCAAGAUCAUGGGAGACGUUUUUCAGGUCAACUGGCCGUCGGAGACAAGGAACAACUCAAUUGUACAUGCACAUACUUCAUCUGUCAGCAACACUCCUCCUUCUCGCCCUGUGCAGCGCUUCCCCCAAGCACCUGUUGUGAGGGUACAGUCCCGACAGGCUGACUUCCAUUCUGAUAAACCAGUGGAGAUCACGCUCGAGUUGCUAGCAGAGCACUUCCACGAGAGCCUGGAGGUAGCGUCAGCAAAGAUCGGCAUCGGCAAAUCCACGAUGAAGCUGGUGUGCAGACAAUUGGGCGUUGAAAAAUGGCCGUACAAGUUCAACCGCAAGGGUGGAAAGAAGGUCUUGCGAAGACCAGAUGGGUGCAAACAUCGUGAAGAAUCGUCUACCGCCUCGGACACUGAUGGGUCUGAGGAGCCUAUCUUCUUGUAG